CACACACAGGCAGAUAUCUCCUUAUAGUCGCUGCUCACACUGAAGGGAGACGAAGCGGUGCACAGGUAAAAUGGAGAAAGUGUUAGGGCUCGCCGUGGUAUCCAGUAUUUUAUGUGUCGGCUCGGUUUUUGGAAAAUACGUCAGGGGUAUCGUGAAUACAAAAGAGGACUGGGUGUUUUUAACAAGGUUUUGCUUUUUAACUGAUUUCGGCCGAUUGGACUUUAGGUUCCGAUACCCCAAGUCCCGCUGCUGUCAGAACAUAUUGCUCUACUUUGAUGAAAGCUCUCAGUGGCCAGCUGUGUACAAGAGUACAGACAAGGACUGUUAUCAAAAAGAAUCCGUAUUGAGGCCCGAAAAUAACCAGGUCAUCAACCUGACCACCAGCUACACCUGGUCUGGCUGUGUGGUUGAAAGAGAGGGUAAUGAAGACAUGCUGAGUUGUGUAGGAGGUCGAAGUUUUCGUUCUGUAAGAGAGAGAUGGUGGUACAUUGCACUCAGCAAGUGCGGGGGAGAUGGGCUGCAGUUGGAAUAUGAAAUGACAUUAACCAAUGGACAGUCGUUUUGGACACAGCAUUUCUCUGCGGAUGAGUUUGGCAUCCUGGAGACCGACAUCACAUUCCUGGUUAUAUUUGCUGCUGUGUUUACACUGUCUUGUUACUUUGCUUAUAAUUUAAAGGGAAGACAGCUGCUCCAUACAACCUAUAAGAUGUUUAUGACUGCGGCUGGAGUCGAGGUGUUGAGCCUGCUCUUCUUUUGCAUUUACUGGGGCCUUUAUGCCAGAGACGGUGUUGGGAAUGGCAGUCUGAAGAUAUUAGGGAAAUUACUCUUCUCUGUAAGCUUCCUGAUUUUUCUGCUUAUGCUGAUUCUCUUGGGAAAGGGAUUUACAGUUACCAGGGCAAGAAUAAGCCACAGUGGAUCUGUAAAACUAUCCAUUUACAUGACAGUGUACACCAUCACCUACAUCAUUCUCUUUAUUUACGAAGCAGAGUUCUUUGAUCCAGGCGAGGUGCUUUACGCUUAUGACAGCCCUGCAGGGUAUGGUCUAAUGGGUCUGCAGCUUCUCGCAUACGUAUGGUUUUGCUAUGCUGUGUUGGUGUCCCUCAAACACUACCCUGAAAAACAACCUUUCUACAUCCCAUUCUUCACUGCGUACACUCUGUGGUUUUUCGCUGUACCUGUCAUGGCUCUGAUUGCCAACUUUGGCAUCUCUCGCUGGGCCAGGGAAAAGAUUGUGAAUGGCAUCCAACUUGGCAUUCAUCUCUAUGCUCAUGUUGUCUUUCUGGCCAUUACACGUCCAUCAGCAGCCAAUAAGAACUUCCCUUACCACGUACGGACGUCUCAGAUAGGGAUCCUUCUGUCCAGUCCUAAAGCCAUGGGGGCAGAGAGCUUCCCGCACCAUGCCUAUGGGAACAGCUCCUUCCUGGGAGAUUCUCAGCCAAACUUCACAGAACUCUUUUCCAUUCAUUCAGACCCUGUUAAGACGAUAGAUGAGUCGGUGACCCGGAAGGGACAGGAAGUGCCAAGGAACAGUGAGCAAAAGAUAAUCACAACAACAGCAGACCUGUCGUCCACAUUUACCGCUCUUCCUCCUCCCAUACCGCCACGUAGCUCCGCCCACUCCCCCCCUCCGCCUCGGUUAACGUCACACUUCACUGAGUAUUUUAGUAUGCAAGGGGCAGCAAGGAUGGGAUUCAAUGCCUAGAGGAGGCUGUAGGGGAAUGGGCAAAUAGAGAAGGGACACAUCUUAUAGGUGGAAAAGUGUUAAAUAUUUCAAUAGAUUAGGUUAAGGCAAGCGUGAAAAUGUGAAGCCAUUUUCAAAAAGUUACCAAAACAUCUGUACCUUCGAAUUUGUGAAGAGAAACGUGAGCUGCUUAAAUGAAUAGACAGGGAGAUAGAGAGGGCAGGAACCCGCUCACUCACCGCCUAUAAAAUAAGAAGCAAUAAAUAUUUCAGCGAGAGUCCAGAGAGUCAUUGGAGAGACAGAGAUAUAGGCAUUGCAAUAGAGUGACAGUAGACAAUGGUGAAUCUAGAGUAUAGUUAUUUAAAGCUUAAUGUGAAUAGGAUAGCGAUGUGUACAGUAACAGUACAGUACAAUGAACUCUUCACAUAUUUUUAAUGCUUCAUUCAUUUCAAGUGGUGCCGUUAAUGUGUUAAUUUACAUUACAUUUUACUAAAAAACAA